CAAGGCCAAGGUGGAACCUCCGAAAUCCCAACCAGACCGCUGAGGCGAGCCGCGGAGACGGCGAUGGCGCCGUCCUUGGUCUUCUCGGCGAGGCAUACCCACGCCGUGACCCACCGGAGAAUCCGCAGGCGGCGUUUGGUCGUCGCCAUUUCCGCCGGCGCCGGUCCGCCACCGAAGCUGGUGACCUUCCUCGGCAAGGGAGGCUCCGGCAAGACUACCGCUGCCGCGGUCGCUGCUCAGUAUUAUGCAAGCGAGGGCUUCAAGACAUGCUUGGUUACACAGUCCCAGGAUCCUACCGCAGAGCAAUUGAUGGGCUGUAAGAUUGGGAACUCUCUGACUGAGUGCAGGGCCAAUCUCUCAACCAUAAAGCUAGAGACUAGUAAGAUGUUGCUUGAACCCCUAAACCGAUUGAAGAAGGUAGAUGCCCAGGUCAAUUUUACUCAAGGAGUCCUUGAAGGGAUUGUAGGAGAGGAGCUUGGAGUUUUACCUGGAAUGGAUUCGAUCUGUUCAGUCUUAGCUCUUCAGAAGCUCCUUAACUUAUUUUCAGCUGGAAGGAGUAGCUCACAACCAGAAUUCGAUGUGGUAGUAUAUGAUUGCAACAAUACGGAUGAAAUUCUACGGCUAAUAGGUGCUACUGACAGGGCAAGGUCUUACUUGAGGUAUGUGAGGGACCUAGCUGAGAAGACUGACAUGGGAAGACUGGCUUCUCCUUCAUUACUAAAACUAAUAUAUGAUGCUGCAAAGCCAAAUGGUAAAACUAGUGAGGGGAGACUGAGUACAGAGAUAUGGAAUGAAAUCGAACAGCUUCUUGAGAGAGUCUUGGUUUGGUUUGCCGAUCCUUCAAACCUUGCUUGCUUCCUUAUCAUGGAUCCUAGGAGAUCAAUAUCUGUAUCCUCUGCAUUAAGAUACUGGGGUUGUACCACUCAAGCUGGCGGCCAAAUAUGUGGGGCAUUUGGUUAUACUGAAGACCCUUCUGAAAUGCACCAAGAAGUUGCUCGAAAGUUCUUGCCAUUGUCUUUCUCGUUUCUGCCAUUUUUCUCAAAUGAUUCUUCUGCAGAUUGGAGCAGAGCACUAAGCUCAUUGAGCCAAAACACAAAGGAACAGUUGAUGAAUACAUCCACAGUGUAUCCUUCAGUUAGUUUUGAUGCUGUUCAGAAAUCAGUAACCCUUUUCAUGCCAGGCUUUGAUAAGUCUGAAAUCAAGCUAUAUCAAUAUAGAGGCGGAUCAGAACUGUUGAUCGAAGCCGGAGACCAGAGGCGGGUCAUAAAAUUACCACCGGCGAUGCAGGGUAAGGUCGGAGGCGCCAAGUUCGUGGACAGGAACCUCAUCGUCAGCAUCCGGUAGCAGACUCACCAGAACCGGCUGGGAUUUGUGCCCCCCACUUCAGAUCGGCAGUUGCCGCCGAUCAUGAGAAGUAGAUCGGAUUUGCUUGUUGGUUCUAGUCUGCAUUUUGUGGUGUUCGUUCGUUCUAAGCAGAGUGAAACCGCACAGUUCUACUCUUUCUGAAGAAGAGUGCUGGAUCUGAAUCUGAAGCUCUGGCUAGCAGCAGUACUCCAUUGUUCUUAGUUCUCCCUC